UUUAAUUUUUAUUGGUUACCCCUUUUUGGUCCGCCUAUUUUUCAUAUAUCUAAAAACCUUCAUGAAAGCAUAUAUGUGCGCCAACUUUCACCGUGAUUGGUCAAACGGUGACGAAGCUAUUAAUUUCUUACAAACAAACUUCCAUUUUUAUAUAUAUAGAUUAGCUAUUAAAAAUAAUACACGUUAAAAAAAAUAUUUGAACGUCUCUUUCUAAUUAAUAUCAUUAUAAAUGUUAGUUUCGAAGAUAGUAAUAAUUUGUUUGACUAUAUGUAUACCAUAGAAACUGAAUGUGACAUUUGUGAACUCACCGGAAGAUAAUUCCCGCCAAAUUCUGUUAUGUUGUUUCCUCGUUGAAUGGUUGAACGUCGUUAUUUAAUUAUAAUUGUUUAAAUGCAUAUAAGUUGAACUGUUUUUUGUGAUUGUAUAAAAAAAUGGAUGCUGGAGAUACGCAGGCUACUGGAACUCGUAUAUUUGAUGAAGUCGGAAUUAAAUGUCAAAAGUUAUUUCAAGAUUUCCUUGAAGAAUUUAAAGAGGAUGGCAUUGUGAAAUAUCUUGAACCAGCUAAAGAGCUUAUAAGUCCAGAACAUAGCACAUUAGUAGUCACGUUUGAUGAUGUUGAAGAAUAUAAUCAAGUACUUUCAACAACUAUCGUUGAAGAAUAUUACAGAGUAUAUCCAUAUCUGUGUCAAGCGGUAUGUAAUUUUGUCAAAGAUGUAUCAGAAUCAAGAAAAGAUUUAGAAUGUUAUGUAAGUUUUGUGGAGGUACCGACUAGACAAAAAUUAAGAGAGUUAAAUUCAGCAAAAUUAGGAACCUUAAUACGUAUAUCUGGUCAAGCGAUAAGAACACAUCCUGUUCAUCCAGAAUUAGUGUUCGGUACAUUUAUUUGUAUGGAUUGCAAUGCUGUUAUAAAAAAUGUAGAACAGCAGUUUAAGUUCACAAAUCCGACAAUUUGUCACAAUCCAGUGUGUAGUAACAGACGACGCUUUAUGUUGGAUGUAGACAAUUCUGUAUUCAUUGAUUUUCAAAAAAUUAGGAUACAAGAAAUACAAGCAGAACUACCAAGAGGCUGUAUUCCUCGUUCACUCGAAGUGAUUUUACGAGCUGAGGCUGUUGAAACUGUACAAGCUGGUGAUAGGUAUGAUUUUACAGGGACUCUUAUAGUAAUACCAGAUGUUGCAGUUCUUUCUCUUCCUGGUGUAAAACCUGAUCUGAAAGCAAGACGUGGAAAUCCUAUGGAACAAGGAGAAGGCCUAACAGGAUUGAAAGCAUUAGGGACCCGUGAAUUAACGUAUAAAACUGCGUUUUUAGCAUGUAGUGUUACUCCGACAAGUUUCAGGUUUGGUGGCACUGAGACAAAUAUGGAAGAAAUUUCACAAGAAAUGAUGAAGAAACGCAUGACAGAAGCAGAAUGGAAUCGUAUAUAUGAAAUGAGUCGUGAUAAAAAUUUAUAUCAAAAUCUUGUUAAUAGUUUAUUUUCUUCAAUACACGGUAACGACGAAGUUAAAAAAGGAAUAACUUUAAUGUUAUUCGGUGGAGUUCCUAAGACAACGUUAGAAAAUACCUCGUUACGAGGAGAUAUAAACUGUUGUAUCGUUGGUGAUCCUAGUACAGCAAAGUCUCAGUUCUUAAAAAGCGUCGCUGAGAUUACUCCAAGAGCAAUUUAUACCUCGGGAAAAGCAUCUUCUGCUGCUGGUUUAACUGCCGCCGUAGUAAGAGAUGAAGAAUCUCCUGAUUUCGUUAUUGAAGCUGGUGCUUUAAUGCUCGCUGAUCACGGUAUUUGUUGCAUCGACGAGUUUGAUAAAAUGGAUCUUAAGGAUCAAGUUGCUAUACACGAAGCUAUGGAACAACAAACAAUUUCAAUCGCCAAGGCCGGUGUAAGAGCAACUUUAAAUGCUCGAACAUCAAUAUUAGCUGCUGCGAAUCCCAUUGGCGGACGAUACGAUAGAAAAAAAUCUUUACAACAAAAUGUUCAGUUAACAGCUCCUAUUAUGUCCAGAUUUGAUUUGUUCUUUAUUAUAGUUGACGAAUGCAAUGAAAUCGUGGAUAAUGCUAUAGCUAAAAGAAUCAUCGAUUUACAUUGCGAUAAUUGGCAGGAUUUUGAAACAGUAUAUACGCAAACGGAGAUUAUUAGAUAUAUUAAUUUUGCGAAACACUUUAAACCUGUUCUAAGUCAGGAAGCUGCAGAGUAUUUAGUUGAUUGUUACACAACUCUUAGGCAAAGAACUGGUGGUGGAGCUGGAAAAUGGAGAGUCACUGUUCGACAACUUGAAAGUUUUAUCAGAUUAUCAGAAGCUAUGGCUAAACUUGAAUGUUCAGAUGAAGUUACUAUAAAGCAUGUGAAGGAAGCUAAACGUUUAUUAAGUAAAAGUAUUGUUACUGUGGAACAACCUGAUAUAGAUUUGGAAGAAGCAGAAGAUGGCAAUGUGGACGGUCACUUGGAUGAAGCUCCACCUGCAAUGGCUGCACUUAAUGCAAUCGAUAAUAAUACAUCAGAGACCCCAGCACAAGAAGUACUAACUCAGAAAAAGAAAUUAACGAUGUCUUUCGAAGAAUACAAGAAUUUAUCCAACAUGUUGAUAUUGUACAUGAGGGGUGAAGAAUCUCGCGCAGAAAGUGAAGCCAUGGAAGAAACUAAAGGUGGAUUAAGAAAAUCUGAAUUAGUGGCAUGGUAUCUUGAUCAAAUACAGGAUCAAAUAGACUCAGAAGAAGAACUAUUAGAAAGGAAAAACUUUAUUGAGAAAAUUAUCGACAGACUGACAUAUCAUGAUCAAAUUAUAAUACCUUUGACCACGCGUGAUUUAAGAAGUAAGGAUAAAGAAGAAGAUGAUCCCGUGUUAGUUGUACAUCCGAAUUACAUUCUUGAUGCGUAGUUUGUAUUAUACAUUUUAUACCCAAAUGAACGUAACUAUUUUU